GCCCCAAAUUCGCGGUAGAAGGACCAUUUGUGUGCAUACAGUAGCCUCCGAACAUUGACAUCCCAACCAAUUCUCCUCUCACUAUAUAAGAGUGGGCGCCAUGGGAGGCUCUCCGCUCAAGCUGAUCUGGCCGUCGGGCGAGAUCAAGCUCAGACGAACGUUGUUGUGUUGUGUCUUGAGAUUGACUUCGGGCGUCGCGUCGCCAAUCAUCCCCGGAGAGCCUCCCACCGAUUUUACACUGCGGGCGCGAAGCCGCCGGCAUUCCUUCUGUCCGUCCCUCCCCAUAUCAAGCGCACACCAACGUGUGCUUAUUUGGGCGUGUGCUUAUUUGAGGAAGGGCAUGUCUCGAGCAGCGUCAUUGCGGCGUCCUCGAUUUUCAUUAGGCACCGCUUUUUCCGUCAUCCCUUUUGCGAGAGGCAUCUCUGAUCUGCACAGGACGAAUUAGGACAAACCGGAGGUGCUUAUUUGAACACUGCUCCCAAGAAUAGGAUAAGGAGGAGAUGAGCUUUAUCCCCGGAGCUUUGCGU